GGUUAUUGCAGAGACACACAGAAGGCGGCUGCAUCUGCAGAGGAGCGAACAACUGGAUCUUGUUCACACUCAGCCAGAGGAAGUUUCUGGCAGGAGAGCAGAACUCUGGCUGGGGAGGACAGCGGGAGGGUGAAACGACACCUUCUUCCAGCCUGACACAGACGGGUGAGCUGAAGGGACACCUCUGAGACCCUGCUGCUGCCACCAUGAGCUCAGAAGAUCCCAGGGACUGCUCAGAGAGCCAAAGCUUUUUUGAGGAAGUCAUUGAGUAUUUCCAGCAGAAUGUGAGAUGGGAACAACUGCAAUUCCUGCUCACUGAAGACAAACCCUGGGAGAAUCUUGUGACCGAGGCCGUUUUGUCCAGGGAAGAGGCAGAUGGACUCCGUGAAUGUCUGAUCAAGGUGCAAACAGACUUGGCGGGGGAGGACCAAGACAGGCUCCAAAAAUACCAGCAGGAAAAGGAGAGGUUUUUGAAGGAGUUUCCUCAGGUAAAACAGGAGCUGAAGGAGAGCAUAAAAAAGCUCCGUGAGCUCGCAGACAGUGUUGACAAGGUGCACAGGGACUGCACCAUCUCCAAUGUGGUGGCCUCCUCUACCGGUGUUGCGUCUGGUGCCCUGACCAUCCUUGGCCUGGUUCUGGCACCUUUUACAGCAGGCCUCAGUCUGGGACUCUCAGCCGCGGGAAUAGGGCUGGGAGCAGCAGCUUCUGUAACAGGUUUGUCUGCCAUGGUGGUGGAAAAAGUAAACACGUCAUCAGCAGAAUCCCAGGCCAGUCUCCUAGACAUAGCCGAAAUAAUUUCCUAUGUAUGCGAUCUCUACGAAGUUAAACACUUUGGGAGGCAUAUUCAUGCCAUCAGGGUGGCCAGAUGCAACCCCCGAUUAGUAGCGACUGCUCAGCGCUACAUAACCACCGGGCGAGUCUCUGUCCAAAGUGCCCAGCAGGUGAGUAGACAUUUCAGAGACACACCUCUGGCAGCGACUAGAGCAGCCCGCAUCAGGGGUGGAGUCCUGUCUGGUUUAUUCAUAGGGCUGGACGUGUACUCCCUGGUGAAAGACGCACAGGACUUGCAGGAGGGGGCAAAGACAGCAUCAGCUGAGAACAUGAGGCAGAAAGCCCGGGAGCUGGAGAAGAUGUUGGAGGAGCUCACCUGGAUCUAUGAGAUUCUGCAAUAGGGCCCAGCUGGGCCACCCCUAGAGCAAUGCAGGGACCAGGGACGUGUGCAGGGUCAAGGGGAGAAACCACGUAUUUUGGACUGAAGAAGACACUGAGGGAAGGAUAAGGGAGAGACAGGGAGACUAGCAAUGAGAGGCCAGGAGUAGGGGAGCUUUGAAAAUGGGAGAAAGCCAGAGAGUUAGGAUUGUAGAGAUCCAGCACAAGUAGCAGGGGCUCCUCUAUCGCCCUCCCCAGGGUCUGAUAUUCCAGCAGGAAGGGUUUCCCCUGGUGAUGGUCUCUAGCCCUACUUCUCCAGCAUCAACUCACCUUUGAACUCAGUAGGGAGUAACUUGUUUGUUUCCAUGUUUUAUUAAAGUAUAGUUGAUUUACAAUAUUGUAUUACCUUCAGGUGUGUAGCAAAGUGAUUCCAUUACAUGUGUAUCUAUCUACAUAUUUAUCAUUUUGAAAUUUUUUAUCAGUUCUUCAGUUCUGUUAGUCGUUCAGUCAUGUCCGACUUUUUGAGACCCCAUGGACUGCAGCACGCCAGGCCUCCCUGUCCAUCACCAACUCCAAGAGUUUACCCAAACUCAUGUCCAUUGAGUCGGUGAUGACAUCCAACCAGCUCAUCCUCUGUCGUCCCCUUCUCCUUCCAUUUCCAAUCAUUUCCAGCAUCAGGGUCUUUUCAAAUGAGUCACCUCUUCGCAUCCAGUGGUCAAAUUAUUGAAGUUUCAGCUACAGCAUCAGUCCUUCCAAUGACUCUUCCCAACUGAUUUCCUUUAGGAUGGAGUGGUUGGGUCUCCUUGCUGUCCAAGGGACUCUCGAGAGUCUUCUCCAACACCACAGUUCAGAAGCAUCGAUACUUCAGCGCUCAGCCUUCUUUAUGGUCCAACUCUCACAUCCAAACAUGAUUACUAGAAAAAUCAUAGCUUUGACUACAGGGGACUUUGUCAGCAAAGUGAUGUCUCUGAUUUUUAAUAUG